AUGUGGCUAUCGAGGGAUCAGCACCUAACCAAGAAGACCUACGAGAGAUCACCAGAAGUAGAGCUGCUCCUCUUCCGUGAACUCCUCAGUAACAACCGAGCCAAACAAGAUGAACGAGUUAAUCAGAGGCGAAGCGCACCAUCCCAAUGGUCCACAUGUUGGGCCCACAUGUUGGGAAGCCUCGGCACGUUUGAAUACGGUCUGCGUGCCGGGAAGCUUCACACGUUCGAUUCCGGUCUGCGUGUGGAAUGUACUCGUAUGUUUGAAUACGUUCUUCAUACGAACGAAACUAAUGUUGACGAACUGAAUGAUGACGAGGAAACUACACACGCAGACAGAACUAAUCCCACAGCUGCUCUAUCCAUGCCCUUACCGGACGAUGUGGCCGAAACCAACUCACCAACCUCUCUUGUGGCGGGUUCUAGCGGAGUUUCUCAUGAAAUUUGUGCCGAGGACGACUCAACGUCAGGAGAGGCCGUGUGCGGGCGGCUCACAGCUGGACGGUCAGCGGUCAGCGGUCAGCGGCCGGGAGCACUGGGAACGAUCAUCAUCACGUCAACUCCUCGAUACCCAUACAGUACUCAACUCGUGUGGUGCGGGGUGUAUAUGAGCGGAUCGUAUAUAUGUAUUUGUGUGUGUGUGUAUGUCUGUGUGUGUCAGGCUGUACAUAUCUCCGUCCAAUGGAGCCGGCAGCCUCUCUCGUCAGUCGUCCGCUGUAAAGCGACCUCCCGCCCUCUGUACAGCGGACACGCCUACCCGCUCAACAGAGACGCCCUCCCUCCCUCACUCAACAUACUAAAUACACGGUCACCACCGGCCCUCGCACCGACCAGACAUACACUGAACAGCGACGAGCUGGUCACUCAUGAGACACCGAGCACGGAGCACGGACACCGGCCGACAUACGGACCGGCCCGGUGCAUCCACACCGACCGCGCGACCGACACACCGACUGGAUUGGGGAGGGGAGGGGGCGAGCACGGGGGUUGGGGGGCGAGGGGUCGCGGGGGGGAGGGCGCCUCGGAGCGGGCGGCGGGGGGGGGCGACGGCCUCGGCAGCGAGCGAGCCGGCGGUGUGGCUGUGGUAGUUAUAGUUUACGAGAUACAGAGAUCAAAUACAAAUAAUAUAAACACACGGCGAGCAUGCGCCGUGGACGAGAGGCGCGGGCACGACAGAGACGGACGACGGUCAGGAGGAACAGACAUACAGACACACAGACAGACAGACAGGGGAGGGGGGGAGGUGAUGAUGAUGAUGAUGAUGGUGAUGGCGGUGAUCGGGUCACCAUGUACCCUCGACAUGUCAAUUUCCAUACGAGAGUGUUCCCGUGCGGGACGCAUGCGCGCCGCGGCCCACCCUAUUGACGAUGCAAAAUAUUUAUUUUUUGGCGCAACACCGACCCGAAUGCUCACAGGAUGCCAUGUUGAAGCACACAGACCACACGGACACAGAAAUAUUAAAAUAUUAAUAUAUAUAAUGAUACGUCUCUAUAGAGAGUGUAAUAAAAGCACUGACCUACUCUUAAUAGUAUUUCCUACAACUUAUUAUCCGAUCACUCCAGGUUCAUAA